UACUCUAUGGAUAAAAAUGUCGCUGGUUGAAGGCCACCAGGUUACAUACAAAGAUGUAUUGCCUCAUACUGUAUUAAUUACAGCAUUAUUUAACUCUGGGGCGAUACCAAAAACUCGCUUUGCAAGAUUCCUGGAAAAAGCUUUGUUUGUACUGGUUUUGCUUGUCUUAAGCUUCGUCACAAUAUUGGCUGUGUUUAAAAGGUCAGUCUGGUCGACGUUGGUGGGUAUAGACACAUGGAUUCAAUUCUCACUCUACAUCGUUCCUUUAUUCUCCAUGAUCUGUGGACAUCUGGUAUUCAAGUCUCGCUCAUUCAAAGAAAUUUUAAACAGACGCAUCGAGCAGAAUGACACAAAUGAAACCGAAUUCGGAACUUCCACAUUGUCCUCUUUUCUCAAAAAGCAUUCAACGCGCACUUGCCUUUACCCCGUGUUUUUGGUCGUUUACCAGUGGGCAGUUUAUCUGUUGUUCUUCUACAAGGAAGCAACCGGCAACUUCUCAGACCCUUUUGAGUUUUCUCAACAUACCUCUUUCGUAGCUAAACUUCUACAUUUGGAUCGAAACAAAGGAUUAUGGCUUGCGCUUUACUAUACAUUCUGGACGAUUGCAAUGUAUGUGACGGGCUUUAUUGGUUGCUGUUUUAUUCUAGUAGUUGAGAUACACAGACUUGACAUAAAAUCGUUCCUGUACAACAUUGGUGAUGGGCCUUUGAUACAUAAAGGGAAAAGCAACGUGCAUCCUAGAACGCGAAUUACAAAUCAUGGCAUAUAUCAGGCAGUUGAUACUGGGCCUGGGGUCACAACUCCGGUCAGGUUAUGUUUCAGAGCUUUGUCAUUGUUUACCGGGUUUUUGACCCUUGGACUUGUGGAAUUCGCGUCUUGGUCUUGGGAAACACAUAACAUGCCAGACAUUUCAGUUCGCGAGGCCCAAAAUGUCGCCGGCGAGAUUUCCGAUAGUGAGGUUGCAAACGGGUUGACUAGCUCAGUCGCUGUGGAGAAUGGACAAGGGGCAAGCUCCUCUGAGGGGAGAGGUGGCCCCCCAAAAACUAUCAGGCCCAGAGACGUAAGUAAGCAUCUAGUUGAACUAAUGUCAAGCGUUGAAACAAAUAGUGCAUUAUUUAAACCAUUCCUUGUCCUCUUGACUUUUUUUUCUGUGACUAAUCUUAUAACUCAUGUCGUUGAAAUGGCCAUUAAAAAAGAAAUGUUUUUCACGUACACUCAUGGGUGGACCCUCGUACGCACCCUAUUUUGGUUUCUGCUCGCCAUCCGGUUGCUAUGGGCAGUUGCUACGAUCACGAAAACACUCUCACGUAUCAUACCUCAUAUCUACUACCUCAGGAGCGUUGGGGAGUUGACAGGGGCGAAAGAAGAGUGGGAUGAUUUUUUUCAACUUGCUGAAACUUUUGAGUUCGGCUCAAGGACUUAUGGUUUUCCGUUAACCUUGAACCAAGUUGCGAGCAUCGUUGCUGUAGUUAAUUUCUCGUUUUUGAUUACCUUGUCUUUUAUUUCCAACACAAAGAACUGAAUUGUUGUUGUAACAUUUUGACAUGUAUGAUAAAGGUUUUAAUUUGAUGUGCAGUAUUGGCCUUAUUUUAAAAAUUGGAUCGAGGUGGUUAAACGGGUUGAGCUGGUGCCUCUAGAUGCAUGCAUCUGAUUGAAUGACGACUGGCUUUAACUGCCGAGCACGCGCAGUUGAUCAUUUUUUGCCCGGUCGCCUGAAAAAAAGUGGGUACAUGAAAACGUAAUCUUCCGCUGCAGUGUUUACAACGGUCAGUUACAGCUCUGUAUAGGUACUUACUCUGUGGUUUACACGCUGCGAUUAAUCGUGUACGAUUCGUUUUCUGGCGUAUGUUAUUGAGUAAACACGCGUAAGCUGGCUGCAUUUGAAAUUUCUUUUUUAAUGAAACGGCAAUGAAUUAUGGCGCCAUCACUCAUUUUAAUACGCCAGAAUACGAAUCGUACACGACAAAUCGUAGCGUGUAAACGUAGGUUUAGGUCUAAAAUUUUUUCUU